AUAAGAUUACAAAGGAGGAUCGAGAAACCUACAAACAUUUGAACAUUGCUGGUCUUGUUGGCUCUAUUGACAAUGAUUUCUGUGGCACUGACAUGACUAUUGGUACUGAUACUGCGCUGCACAGGAUAAUUGAGGCUGUAGAUGCUAUAGCCACAACUGCCCUGAGUCAUCAGAGGGCAUUUGUUCUGGAGGUCAUGGGCAGACAUUGUGG